AGUUGAGGUCGGUGAAUGACUGAUACUGGAAGAUAGUGCCAAACCUCAUGACAAGAGGAAGGAUUAUAUGGAAGAUAUUUUCACCCCCAAAAUGAACUUUGACCUCCCAGACGACCUUCAGUCCUUCCUCGCCCGCCUCGACGCCUUCAUCAAUAGCCAAAUCCUCCCUCUCCAGCACAGGGACGACAACAACCGCUUCUUUGACCACCGCCGCGAGGCGUCUCGCACCCAGUGGGACAAUGGCGGCUUGCCGAGGCCGGAAUGGGAGGCCCUACUCCGGCAGGCCCGCCAGCUUGCAGACGAGGCGGGCUUCCUCCGCUUCGCCUUCCCGGCCGAGUACGGGGGCGCCGGCAACCCGCGCCAAAACCUAUGGAUGUGCGCGAUCCGGCUCUUCCUGGCCUCGCACCCCGUCUACGGCGGCGGGCUGGGGCUCCCCAACGACCUGCAGAACGAGCACUCGGUCGUGCUCAACAACCCCAUCGUGCUGAUGCUGCACCACUACGGGAGCCCGGCGCAGAAGAGGGAAUUUAUCGACGCGGCCAUCAGGGGGGAUUUUGUGGCCACUUUCGGCCUGACCGAGAUUCACCACGGGUCCGACGCAACGCACAUGGACACGACGGCGCGGCGAAUCACCCUGCCGUCCGGCGAGCCCGGGUUCGAGAUCUCGGGGAACAAGCGGUGGCAGACGGGCGCGCAUGCCGCAACCCACCACCUGAUCUUUGCCCGGACCUCGGGGACGGCGGGGUCAGCAAGGGGGAUCACGGCCUUCAUCGUGCCGAGGGGCUCGGCGGGGCUCGAGGUGGCGUCGUACGAGUGGACGCUCAACAUGCCGACGGACCACGCCACCUUGACGCUGACCAGGGUGGCGGUGCCGGCGUCGUGCGUGCUGGGCGACGUCGACGACGGGCUGGCGGUGGCGCAGACUUUUACGCACGAGAACCGCAUCAGGCAGGCGGCGUCGUCGUGCGGCGCGGCCAGGUUCUGCAUCGACCGGGCGGUGGACUAUGCGCGGUCGCGGCGCGUGUUUGGCAAGCCGCUCGCCGUCAACCAGGGCAUCCAGUUCCCGCUGGUGGAGCUGGCCACGCAGCAGGAGAUGCUGCGGCUGCUGAUCCUGCGGACGGCGACCGAGAUGGACGCGGUCGAGCGCGAGUGCGAGGGAGACCGCGGUCGCAGGCCGUGGGUGGAGAUUGAAAAGAGGCUGGGAGACAGGAUCGCCAUGUGCAACUACUACGCGAAUCGGCUGGCGUGCGAGGCUGCCGACCGGGCAAUCCAGGUGUUUGGCGGGCAGGGAUACAGCAGGCAUCAUCCGUUUGAGCACAUUUGGCGGCACUUUCGACGGUACAGGAUCACGGAAGGAAGUGAAGAGGUGCAGAUGAGGAGGGUGGCGGCUGCUUUGUUUGGGUUCAAGGGGUCUGGGAAAGGGGCUGGUGGCGAUAGGGAAGAGAGGAGCAAGUUGUGAUUGAGUAGAAGGACUUGGCUACCUCGGGUACCUGGGUGAGUAAAGUAGGUAGGUAUUCACCCAAGUGGACGAAAUACCCUACCGACCGACGACUCGAACCGCUGUGAAUUACUCUGUAGUCCGCCUAGCCGCACCUUAAUUGGCCUUAUCUUAAGCUCUGCGAAUGAGCAAGUCGUUGUGUAUGUUGUGAGUUUGUUUUCUCUAGUUUUGUCUGUCUCAAAAGUCUUGGCUUGAGCGAACUGCAAACGG